GCUGCCGCAGCGCCGCGAUGGAGACGGCGGAGAAGGAGUGCGGAGCCCUCGGCGGCCUCUUCCAAGCCAUCAUCAACGACAUGAAGAGCUCCUACCCCAUCUGGGAGGAUUUCAACUCGAAGGCCACCAAGCUGCACUCCCAGCUCAGGACCACGGUGCUGGCUGCAGUCGCCUUCCUGGAUGCCUUCCAGAAAGUGGCCGACAUGGCCACCAACACCCGAGGUGCCACAAGGGACAUCGGCUCUGCGCUGACCCGCAUGUGCAUGCGGCACCGCAGCAUCGAGGCCAAGCUCCGGCAGUUCACCAACGCCCUCAUGGAGAGCCUGAUAAACCCCUUGCAGGACAGGAUUGAGGACUGGAAGAAAACUGCCAACCAGCUCGACAAGGACCACGCGAAAGAGUACAAGCGAGCCCGCCACGAGAUCAAGAAAAAAUCCUCCGACACCCUCAAGCUUCAGAAAAAGGCUCGCAAAGCAUCCUUCCUGCAGGUGAUCAAGGACCUGAAGGGCUCUGACUACAGCUGGUCCUACCAGACCCCCCCAUCCUCGCCCAGCAGCUCCAGCUCCCGGAAGUCCAGCAUGUGCAGCAGCGUUAGCAGUGCCAAGGGUGGCAUGGCGUGGCCCGGCGGGGCUCAGACCUGCUCACCCAGUUCCACCUAUCGCUACCGCAGCCUGGCGCAGCCCCCCGCCACCACCACCCGCCUCUCCAGCGUCUCCUCCCACGACUCCGGCUUCAUCUCCCAGGACGCCACUUACUCCAAACCGCCUUCCCCCAUGCCCUCGGACAUCACGAGCCAGAAGUCCUCCAGCUCGGCGUCCUCGGAGGCCUCCGAAACCUGCCAGUCCGUUAGCGAGUGCAGCUCCCCCACCUCGGACUGGUCCAAGGCCAGCCCCUAUGACCAGCCAGUGGUCCCCACCCUGCAGCGGCGCAAGGACCGCGUGGAGCACCUGCGGGAAGCUGAGAUGGGCUCACCCGCCAGCGGGUACCCGGGCAUCGGCGGCGAGGAUGCUCCCAGGCCCCGAAUGUCACCAGCCACAAUUGCCGCCAAGCAUGGGGAGGAGGUGUCCCCCGCUGCCAGUGACCUGGCCAUGGUCUUGACCCGGGGGCUGAGCCUGGAGCACCAGAAGAGCAGCCGGGACUCGCUGCAGUACUCCAGCGGCUACAGCACGCAGACCACCACCCCCUCCUGCUCUGAGGACACCAUCCCUUCCCAAGGCUCUGACUAUGACUGCUACUCAGUGAAUGGCGACGUGGAGUGUGACCCCCAGAGCGACUUUGACAAGUCGUCCACCAUCCCGCGCAACAGCAACAUCGCCCAGAACUACCGGCGGAUGAUCCAGACCAAGCGCCCUGCUUCUACCGCCGGGCUGCCCACUGGCACCAACCUACCAGCUGGCACCACCCCGGGAGUGGCCACCAUCCGCCGCACGCCCUCCACCAAGCCCUCAGUCCGCCGCACCCUCUCCAACGCUGGCCCCAUCCCCAUCCGACCCCCCAUCGUCCCUGUGAAGACCCCCACGGUGCCCGACUCCCCCGGCUACACCGGCCCCACGCGAGUGGGCAGCGAAGAGUGCGUCUUCUACGCCGAUGACACCUCGCCGAACCCCCUGGAUUUUGCCAAAGCUUCGCCCAAGCGGCUGAGCCUUCCCAACACCGCCUGGGGUGGCGGCGCCAUGGAGAUCUCUGUCUACCCCGGGGCUGGCCAGCACCUCUCUGCCGAGGAAGAGGAGGACCAACAGUUGGCCGCCAACCGGCACAGCUUGGUGGAGAAGAUCGGUGAGCUGGUAGCUGGUGCCCAUGCCCUGGGGGAAGGCCAGUUCCCCUUCCCCACCGCCCUCGCGGGGUCCGGCCCUGGCGAGGAGACCCCUGCGCCCCCCCCGGCGGCCUCCAUGGACCCCCCGGCCGAAGAUAUGCUGGUGGCCAUCCGGCGUGGGGUGCGCCUGCGCAGGACCGUCACCAACGACAGGUCGGCCCCGCGGAUAUCGUGAUGACGCCCUGGCCAGCAGGGACGCACCCACCAUGGCCGACGGACCCCCCGGGGGCACCCACUGUGCCUCCCCGGGAGCACCCCACCCGCCGGCACCUGCUGCCCCUGCCCCUCCCUUGCCAGCCCCUGCUUUCUGCUCCUCUGUCUCCUCCUUCCCACCCCUCCCAGCCCUUUCCUUUCCCUUAUGUCCUUCCUUCACUUGUUCUCUCUUUGGCUCUUUUUCUCUUCUUUUUCUCAUUUUCUCUUUCUCUUUUCUUUUUUUUCUCUUAUUCUCUUAUUAUCUUAUUCUCCUUUUCUCUUAU